AUGCUUGACGGGACUGGACUACGCCAGUCAUGGUAUGCUUCGCUCGACGACGCUGACACGUAUUUUCGCCAGCUUUUGGCCUCCCAUGCAUCACCGGAUUGGAAGCGGACCCCUCUCUCCGUCGACAGCAGCGGAAAGGGAAAAGCACGGGCAUCACCUAUCCCCGAAGUCACAGAUGUCCUCCUGCACAGGAAGGCCGUAAAAGGCGGCGACACCGUAUACCGAGCUAUCCUGGAUGUGCCCAUCACAGAUGCGCCAACUUCUCUUGAAUGCUGGAAGGCCGUCUUAUCUGCACCAGAGCUGAGAAAAGAGUGGGAUCCCGCUGUAGAGAGCGCGCACAUCAUUGAGAUGCUCGAUCAAGCUACGAGAGUCUCGAAGAUCAAUUUUACGCUUGGAUGGCCAGCCAAUCCGAGGGACGCGGUUAUAGUCUCGCGCUCCUUUAACGACUCCACGACCCUGGUCGAUAUUUCGACGUCUUUACCUCGCUCGCCUGAUGCGCCAGUUUUCAUUCGACCUUCCCCGCCAUAUGUGCGAUCGGAAGUGGCUCUAUUCGCUUGGUGCGUACAGCUCAUAAACGACCCGCUCUCGCCAUCCAAAUACGGCCCACGAAUACGUAUCACUUGCUUUUGGCAGCAUAACCUGAAGGCGCUGUGGACAUUCAACUCCACAUCAAGUCUAGCGCAGCAACUGUGCGCGAUGAUGAUCGGCCUUUACAAGACUGUCAAGGAGCGAGGGGCGCGUGUCCCUCAGCUCAUUGGUUUUGGGAACGGGGUUUCUGUCGAGCGUGUGCGGUUUGAAGUCGAUCGUGAAGCUCUCACGUUGGACUACUCAAUAGUUCCCGAAGACGACGACGAUACUCCGCAUACAAUGGAACAGGGAUUGAAUGAGCUAUAUGCUGUUCGUCAGCAUAGGAGACUCGCCCGAUCGGUGGAGUGCGCCCUACCCGCGUCUGUGGGUUGGGAUGUACAGAUCACUACGAAGGCAUCAUCUGAGCAAGUUUCGCAGCUACCCUGGACCGCGCACGCGACACGAAGUGCACCGACGUCAGAUUCGACCACUGGAGAGUAUGAGAAGGUGAUUUUUGCUGUAAAGCACGCGACACUUCCCAACGAUCAUGUGGUCUUGAAAGUCAGGGUUACUGUCGAGCUAUCAGGACCAUCCAGCGGAAUACGCAUCAAUGGUAUACCACAGUCGAUAGAACAAGUUGAGGAACGGGAUCCUUUGACACACACAGUUCCCGCACAGGUAUUGCAAGACAUGUCAAGUGCAGCAGAUAUGAGCCUCAACGGACAAUCUUCUAUGGGCUCUAUUGCUGAGAGCGCAUCAAGGUCGUCUACAAUCGCAGACAGACCCCAGCUGAGACGUGCAGCGUCGGCGCGCACCGCUGCGGGAGACAAGUCAAUUCUUUCGAGAGUGAAGCGUAACUAUAUAUACUUCUCAUCCUUGAUGCAAGAGCCUGAGGCGAAGUGGAAGCGCAAUGUCGAGGCGAGGGGUGUUACAAUUGCUCAACUCGACUCGAUUGACCCUACCCUCGUGGUGUAUCGCGCAGAGGCUACGUUUGUCGGUUUAGGAUUGUGGGAUCUCUAUUCUGCUAUCGCAACACCAGGCGCGCGGGCCUAUUGGGACAAGCUGUAUGACGAUAGUGUAUUGAUUGAGGAUCUGAACGAACUCACGGAGCUGUGGCACCACAAGACAAAGCCCGCGUGGCCGGUCACGGAACGAGACUCGGUCGUGCUGAAGACCGUAUACAAGUCUCCGACUACGAUACAUAUUUUCGCAUUUUCUGCCGACGAUCCAAACUUGUUUCCCCACGUUCCACCAGCUGAUCCGAACGUCAUCCGGACACAAAUAGACCUGCAAGGCUGGGCUAUCGAGGCACUCUCACCUACAACGACCCAGCUAACGCUGCUCGAACAGUCCGACCCCAAGGGAUGGUCAAACAAGGCCUCGAUUCCCCAGCAGAUGAUCCUUGCUGUUGCAGGUGUAGGUGAAUUUGCCAUCAGGUGUGGAGGCCCUCCCAUCGUCACGCGACUAGAAGGCGCGAGAGCGAUGCAAUCUCGAUAUGACCACGAAAGAGGCAACUUCCGCUUUGAGUACGAGCCAUGUACAAGCCGUCGGACCUCUGGGGUACAGAGCUCGGAGGACUCGCCUACUACUAUUACCCCACCCCCUUCGGCCGGACUACCCGUCAUCGAGUGCGAGCUACGAUGCGAUCUAGACAACUGGGCUUCGUCGCUGGAUAUUGUGGUUGAUCCUCCGCCACAGUCCAUAUCUUGUCUCCGCCGCCAUCGGCUGUCGUCUGGCGGGGGUGGACUUUGGCUCACGAUCACUCAUGAUGCCGUUGGUGGAGAAGAGGAACGGCUACAAAUUAUUGUGCGUAGAGGUCCGAUGAGCGCUCCGAAGGAAAAGGGGUUGGUCAUGGUGAAUGGUGCCAAGGUGGAUGUGGACGUGGAGGAGCUGCCGGAUCGUGAGGUGAAGAAUCUGCAGAAGCGAAAGCGUGUCAAGCCUGCGCGAGUGCCUCUUGACCAGCCACCUGUGAUUGGCGUGAUCCGGAGGAGGAGAGCAGAGUGGGACGCCGAUGCUGGUACACAGACUCCGGACGAGCCCAGCAGGUUGCCGACUCCCGAUGGCAUUGUCACGUCUGUGCCGACGUUUGUGGCCUCUUUUAACAAGUUUUUCAGCUUUGCUGUAGAGCAGGCAACGGUGACGACACAGCAAGCCGUCGCUGCUAUUUCUCCCGCUAUGGUUAAUGGCAUGGAUGCAAUUCCGUCGGCAUCGAAGCCUCCUAUGCAAUAUGCGCUGGAAGCCCUAUCGUACCUUCAGAGCGUCCAUGCGCGUCCCAAAUCCGAAGGUUGGGCGCUGGUCAGUGAAAAGGAUUUUCCUGUGUAUCGCAAGACGGAUCCAGAGAUAUCGCCCGUUAUUCCAGUGCACAAGGGCGAAAAGGUUAUUGAAGGCGUUUCUGCGGAGGAACUUGCUUCUGUUCUGGCGAACUAUGACUGCCGAAAGAACUGGGAUACACGAUUUGAUUCCGUACACGUCUUCGAGGUAUUCGGGGCCGACCUACACACGGAAUUUGUCGUGAUGAAGGGGGCCUUCCCGUUUCGUGACAGAGGGUUCUAUCUAGCCUCGCUGACGGCACGAGAAACUGCGUCCUCGUCAUCGUCUCGGCGCAUUGCUAGCGACCUUGAACACUCUCAGGACCAGCGAGCGGCGAUCUAUUGCGUAUCAGCGUCUUUCUCUCCAGAGUCCGUCUCGUCGUUCUCUCCUUCCAAGUACAACUCGUAUUCACUUCCAGUUGGUCGGGUCUACGUUGAUGGAUGGAUUCUGGAGACUCUCGAUCCAUACGGUGCAGAAAACUACGCGAUUCCGUCGACAAAAUGCACUCGUGUUGUCGCGGUCGACUACGCAGGCUCAGUACCUGCAGCGGUGAACUCGAUGAUCAACGGAAUGCUACCCAAGUCAAUCAUCGCCGUCGAGUCUUACGUGAAGAGUAUAUCGUCUCCCCCUCUGAUGAGGCUUCCUUCCGUGGGUUUAGCGCUCUCGCCAGUUGUCGAGGAUCCUCUAAGGCAGACAGCGUGGACCCUCCGGCGUCGAGACUCUAACCGCACGCUGAUCGCGGCAAGGUAUGAUCCUGCAAAUAGAGCGUACAAGAGCUCGAUGAUCAUCAACAGUUCUACCGCGUUGUCCCCACGGCGUUCGUCUCAUUUCAACGAUGCGACUCCCAAAGCUCGCAGGAUGACCCUAACUGUGAGAGCGAAAUCUCCUCCAGAUGAGCAACGACAGAGUAGAAGUGAAGAACUCUCCGAUUUGCCGCCAUCGACCUCGCAAACCAAGAGCGUAUCUCCUGACCCAGGUCGGUCUCGAUCCCGCGACGGCGCACGAACUUCCACUUUUACAUCCCGGGGCGAAGUUCGGCAUCCCAAAGACCUGCUUGUAUCCGAAUUGGUCAUCGACUCGAAGCUGUACCCUGAUGGUUACGAAAUCCACCUCGCAUCACGGAUCGACAGGUCGAAGACGCGUGUGUCGCUUUCCUCUCCAGUCGGAGACGCGCCCCCGGAACAGAAACUGCCAUUCUCAUACUCCGCGUUCACCCUGCCCCCGUCGCCAUUGCACUCUGCAGGACUGAACACCGACCGCCCGCCGCGGCAUCUGCUCCGUUUGACGCUGCCCACGGCGCAAUAUCAGGUUUCUACGAUACAGGACCCGUUGACGGGCGAGGUACGUAGUGCGCCGCCAAAGCCGCAAUGGUUCUCGGAGAUGGAGGAGGGGCGCGUCAUCCUAGAGGUGCAGAUCAAGCCGGCCCCUGCAGGACGCUCGAGCAAGAAGACAACAGUCACUGCAGACGGAAACGCAGUGACCGUCCUCGCUGAGAAGGAGUCUCUGAGCAGUCUCGGACGAGAUGACCUAGUGGACAGUAGGGCGCUCAAAAUGGACCUUCUUGCCGGCUCAUCUGGGGACGGAGACGCAAUCCCGGAGGAGCUGCAGGAGGCGGUAGCGGUGGCCGACCAUCUGCUGGAGGAUGCGUCGCUCGCGCUGCAGGGUGUGUCGCAGCGCGACACGCCGGACACGACAAAGAGCAGCAGCGCCGUGCCAGAGGAUAGUGCGGACGCGGGUGACAAUAUGACGGUUGCUGAGAAGUUCCGUGUGCGGCGCACGCACCAGGCUCCGCAAGUUGCGGUCUCUAUCCCCGAGACGCCAGCAGCUGACUCGUCCACGAAUGGACUUCUGCGCUUCCUGAACGCGUAUCCCAACCCUCUUCUGCGAUUCACGACGCAGUCUAGGCGUUCUAGCGUGCACUCGCCGGCUGCGCCCUCGUGCGAGCAUGUCCCGGGCUCGAUAGCGGGGGACGGCCAAAGGAAGGACGGGGCCGGUGCGCCGGAUGCGAGAGGCGAGCGGGUGGGCCUGCUAUCACGGAGGGCUGGAGGGAGAGGAAGUUACCCGUUGUCGACGGUCGUUAUCGUCGCGCUUAUCGCGUUCCUCGUGGGGUCGUUCCUGCGGUCGCUGCUGUCGCCUGCCGACUUCAUCUACGUCGUCCCGGACCGGCGCGAAUUCGAGGAGGCGAGUGCAGGGUGGAGGGAGCUGAGACGGCUGUUUGAGGUGAAAUACGUGCUCGGGGGAUGGGACUUUCAGAUCGCGGCCGUGCGGCGGCACUGA